CUAGGCUCGUGGGGUGGGGAGCAGUUUCCCUUAGGAUAAAGGCUCUUCCUUGGAAGGAGCUUCGGUCUCCGGGCAAUCCGGUGGAGGGGCUGAAGAACGCAUGGGGAACCCUAGCAGGAAAAGCCCGCCCAGGAACCCCUUUUCAGCGGCCUCUCGAGAACACCGGGUGCCGUUUUAAGAACCGGAUCCCGCGGGAAGCCUUGGAAACAGCCCUGUUAGUGGCGGUGGUGGGAGCUCCCUUGGGGUUUGACUGACCGGGGGGGAGCUCCUGCAGGCUCUCAGCAAAGCGGGCGAGGGGUCCUGGAAGGACCUCUAGGAAACUUUCAGGCAUGGCCACCCGGCGUUUAACAGACGCGUACUUGUUGUUGCGGAACAACGCGAUCCAAAGCCGGCAGCUGCUGGCUGAGCAAGUGAGUAGUUACAGCUCCUCCAGUCCUCUGACUUCACGUAGCAUGGCUGCUGCGAUCAAGAACAUGAUUAGAAAUAUAUUGAAAGGAAAAAUACAGUAUGCAGCUAUUCCCAAAGUCGAAUGCCAAAUCCACUUGAAAACUGAUACUGCUUUAAAAGACUGUUUUGUUUUCUGUGAUAAUCUGCCAAUGUUGAUCAAUAAAAUACUUGCAUUCCUUCAACUGACUGUACCCUGUGCUCUGUCCUAUUCUUUUUGUUUCCCUCUCUUAAAAUUUUUGCUGUCUCUAUAUGGAUGGGCUGAUGUGAUCAACAAACCAUCUCAGGAGCUGGAUGAGCUUGCAGAUGACCGCAUGGCACUGGUAUCAGGUAUCAGUUUAGAUCCUGAAGCAGCUGUCUGUGUAACUAAGAGGUUGCCUCCCAAGUGGAUUGAUGGUAUAGAAGAAAUUCAAUAUGAGAUAUCCAGGAUAAAACAGAAGAUGAAAGAACUAGCCAGUUUGCAUGACAAGCAUUUAAACAGACCGACUUUGGAUGACAGCAGUGAGGAAGAGCAUGCAAUAGAAAUAACCACUCAAGAAAUUACACAGCUAUUUCACAGGUGUCAGAGAGCAGUCCAGGGUUUGCACAACAAGUCUCGAAGCUGUACAGAUCAAGAGUGCCGACUUCUGAAGAACGUUGUGUAUUCCUUAGCUCAGUCUCUACAGGACCUCUCCACCAGCUUUAGGCACGGGCAAUCUGACUAUCUCAAACGCAUGAAAAAUCGAGAAGAAAGAUCCAAACAUUUCUUUGACACCUCAGUCUCCCUCAUGGAUGAUGAGGAGGAUACGACACUCUACGAUAGGGGUUUUACAGAUGACCAGUUAGUAUUAGUGGAACAAAACACUAUUUUGGUGGAAGAGCGGGAACGAGAAAUUCGACAAGUUAUACAGUCCAUUACUGAUCUUAAUGAAAUUUUCAGGGAUUUAGGAGCAAUGGUAGUCGAACAGGGUACUGUACUUGAUAGGAUUGACUACAAUGUUGAACAAUCAUGCAUAAAAACAGAGGAAGGAUUGAAACAGCUACAUAAAGAAAUAACCUGUGUUAAAUUCCUCUUUUCUGUGUCUGCAGACUGAGCAGUAUCAAAAGAAGAAUCGGAAGAUGCUUAUCAUUUUAAUUUUGUUUGUCAUAGUUAUUGUCCUUAUCAUUGUCCUUAUUGCUGUAAAAUUUCGCUAGGCAAUGUGCCAGGGAUGUUUUUCUUUCUCUCUGUGUUUAUCUGAGAGGUAGCAACAAAUUUUUGUGUGUUGUGUUUCUCCUGUUUUUGUUCCUGAGAGCCUGUGCUCUUGAAAGCUGCCUGUUGGACAAAUGUACGAGAUCUAAUGGUGCAAAGUCUGUGCAGUGUUCAUACAGAAAACCUGUUUUACAUGUUCAGUGAAUAUGGAACGCAGUGAUUUGUAAAAAAAUGUGUAGAAAUGUCAGAAUUUCUGAGAAAAGCUACCAAAUCAGGCAUUUCAUUUAUCCAGGCCACUGAAACUCUAGAAUGAAUUUUUAAAAGUGAUUUAAACAUUUUGGAAAGUGCUUUUACUAAACAGGAAUAAUAAUGUGCUUUCUACCAUGACGUAGCCUACAGUUAAUUUUAGGGUAAGCUGUCCAAAUUGUGAUGUGGACAUCAUUCCCAAAACUAUUGAGUUGGAGAUUUUAAAUAAUGCCUUAAACAUACAAUAUUUCCACUUUACCAUUCUCCCCUCCAGAGUUAGUAUUAGUAUGGGUUCACAGAAAUAAAAAAGAUUUCUAAUUUCAUUCUAUUAUUCCAAAAGUGGUGGUUGGCAUUAUCAAUAAUAUUCUAAUCGCAGGGAGUAUUGUAGUUUUAAGAUUAUUUUUAAUUUUUAAAUAAUCAGGAAUGUGUUUUGAUUAUUUCCACCUCUUCCCACUAUUGAACUGAAAGUUGUUUCUCUGAUCCCUUUCUGAAUCUUCCUUUCAAACUGAAUCUGUUAAUACACAGCAGCAGUUACACAUUUCAUCUUAUUGUUUUCAGAAUGUGAAGGGGAAAGGGUGUGGUACAAUUCAUACACAGUUUAAAUUGAACUAGUGACAAUAUCAGGAACUUACAUCUAAAUAAAAUAACUUUUCAGCUGUGAAAUCUCAGGAGAAUUUGGAAUCCUGUUCAGCCGAGAGCAGAUGUUGCUCUGCCUCAGUAUUACUUGUUUCUCUAACAUAGUAGGUGGCUGUGCUGAAAAACAGUUUUUGUGAUUAAAAAAUACAUAUAUUUAACUGUAACUUAAAAUUGCAUGGCAAUUUGGGGCCAUUGGUGUUCAAUCCCUUUUUUUUUAAAGCAUUUUGUACUGAAGAACUUAAAGGUUGUAGUUUGCAUUCUCUUUUUGCUGUGAUUUAGCAACACCACUUGCCACCUUUUUUUAAUUGUCUUGGAUUCUUAUCCACUUGAUCGUGCAAUAAUUGCAACACUGCCGUGCACUUGUUACACCUUGUUUUCUUCCUUUCAUCCAGCUCUUUGCAUCGUUCAGAUUUCUUGUAUCUGAGACAGGGAAACAGAAAUCAUAGCUCUCCCUUCGGGUCACUGGGAGAUUCUGCUUGCUAGAUAAAGGGAGAAUCCCACAUAGCAUUUCUAUAGUUGAAGCCCCUUUGACGUAAAGAGGAUGGCCACAAGAGAAUUGUGUUCAGCUGUUGCUGUUAUUCUGUCAGUGAAAAGGUAAAGAAGUGCUCUUAGUGAACUCUGCUCAGCUAUUUUGAUUCGUCUCCUAUUUACAGGAAGUUGCUUUAUACCCAGGGUAGUCAACCUUGGCUCUUUUAUGACUCGUGGACUUCAAUUCCCAGAAUUCCUGAGCCAGCCAAGGUUGACUACCCCUGCUUUAUGCCUUCUGAUACAGUGGACCAUUGCUUCCCGGAAGAAUGGAAUCCAGGUUCUUUAUAUUCUCAUCUGCAGCAACUAUCAGUUGUACAAGUAGAUUUGUGAUUUGAACAAGUUCUGGCCCAGCCAAAUAGCAGUAAAUAACAAGGUACAGAUAGCAUGAGAAAUAUGGAAACAUACUGUAUUUUAUGCAUGUGCAAAAAUCCAUUUGCUCCUUAUGUAUGCAUAAAAUAGACAAAAAUAUGCCAAGAAUGAUGGUUGCCAGGGUCUGGUCUGUAUUUUCUAACUGGAUAACAAGGGCCGCCUUAUUUGCUGAAAGUAUCAUUCUGUUAUUUAAAGUAGAAUACCAAUUAUAGCUGACUUCUUUCUUCUCAAAACAAGAAAAAGCUGAGCAUCUGUUGACUUAAGUUUCUCCAUGAUUUGGUCGAAAUAACCAAUUUCAGCAGGCCAUGUUUAACCUCCUUUUGCCAUGUUUGUUUGUUUGUUAUUAAAAUCUUUAACCAAUUUCAUUAGGUUUAAUAAUAAGACAAAAUAUUUAUAAGCAUGUACGUAAAACCAAUGGCAUAAUUUGGAAAAGGCCAUCUUGGCUCCAGACAAAAUUUAUGUGUGUCAAGGUGUGUCAGAAAUAGCGCCCUUGAAGUCAAACUUGAUUCUUGACUACUCUGUGGAUACUCUACUGUCAAUUGGCAAAUAUAUGAAAAUGGUUGAUCAUUGCCUUUUUUGGGGGGAUUAUUUCUAGACUUUCAAGUGUGGCCUACACCUUAGAGUUCCCCCUGCUUGGCUCUGAAAAUAUGCACAUGUGUAUAAAUAUUGCAAUCUAUGUAUCACUAUGGGUUUAAUUAAAACUGGAUUGAUAAAGAAACAGGCUGUCUGUCCCCUUCAAAAAGAGGACUGGGAAAUAGGAGUGAAAUAGAGAAUCACAGAAAAGGAUUGAGCCAAGAGAAAAAUGUUUUCUCUAAAGAGGAUGGUGGAUAGAACAAGCUGGAUGUUUGGAAGAAAAAGAUAUUUUACUGCUUAAAAAAAUCACUGCUGUUCUGCUAACCGUAUGUGGGUUAAUAAAACAUAAUUUGGUGGCAUGUUACUGCCACUAAGGUUAUUUGUGAAUACUGUUUUGAGGUCUCAUUUGUAUUUCUGUCUACUGCAAUAUAUUUUUGGAAUUAUCCCCAAUCCAUAGAUCUCUAAAGUCUUUUUAAAAAAUCUUAAAUCAUGAGAACAAAUCAGUGUAAGAUAUGUACAUUCCAAGGGGUGGGUUUUGCAGUUUGGAGAUUCCUUCUGUUCAUUGAUCAUGGUUUCAUGUAGCAUCACUGUACUUUGGGAAGAUUUUUUUUUAAAAGUUUAUUUAAAAUUAUUUAUUUAAAAUGCAAUAGUUAAAUAAGUGGGUUUUUUAUUCUACACUGAGGAUUCUUUGACUGACCCAUUGGUAAAAAAAUUAACUGGCUUGUAGUUUAACUGGGCCGAAAAAGGUCAGGCAAGAGAUAAAUUAGCAAUUUUCAAAAGACUGGCCAGAGAUUUUGUUCUUGUCUGCCUGAUUUGGUGCUUCCUCUGUUUUGGUAGAUUUACUGCAUAAAAUUUACUGGGAUGUUUUCUCUGUACCAACUCCCCCAUCCAGCAGUCCUACAAGACUCGGUCUUCAGAAAAACUGCUGGAUGCUUUAUCUCUCAGGCAAUAUUCUUAGUAAGCCUUUUUAUUUCCUAAAUAAAAUUGGCUCCCUACAACCUGCCCUCUUUGGAAAACUGGAAAACCAAAGCUGAAAAUAGCACCCUUUUAUCCAAAGAACUGAUUGUUACAGACUGAUUUGAACUAUUAAUCUGGUGAAAAGGAGAUGUAACCCUGACUUUCUUGUGACCAUUCACUGUUGAAUGAUGCUUGUGGUGUGUUCCAGAACGUCUUCCCUUCACCCUGCUUCAGGUUGAAUGCUUUUGGGAUUAGACAGGAUUUAAAGCUACAAAGGAGAUCUACAGGCUGUCAUAGAGGUUCAGCCCUACCGCUUUAUGUAUUGCUGCCAGACAGCCUUUCAGCAAAACUCCAAAACUUGGUUGGGCACAGAAUGAAGGCUCCUCACACACCCAAUUAAGGAGAAUUAUCCUGAAUGAGAAAUCAUCAACUGGAUACAUUGCGUAGGGGCUCAAGUAGGAUCAACAAUGGUUUCAAGCAAUGAUGGAUCUGCUUUCAAAUCAAAUGUAUUUAUGGUGUAUGUAACGGAAGGGAUCUCUGUUUUUACCCAACAAUGUACAGUCUAUUUUCAUCCAUGUCUGUGGACAAUUUGUAAUGUAUGAAUAAACUAUUCAACUCUAGCUAGAAA